AUGCUUGGAGCAGGCGCAUUUCCCCCUGAUACGAGCUCUCGAACGGUCUCAAUUUCUGGCAGCAUGUCUUUGCCGAGUCCUGGCUCAUUUGCAACAAUUACAUGCUUACGAAGCGCUGGCUGGCAACGCUUUCAAUUACUUUUCGACGUUCCUCCCGGAUACCACGGUAACGACGUUCCCUACACGUGCUUCAACAACGAGACCAGCUGGGCCGGCAGCCCAUUGAACGCGUCCUUCGCGCAUACGCUGCAGGCUUACCUUGCCAACUUCGUCAAGACAGGAAGCCCAAACGGUAUCGGUCUGACUGAUGUGCCCCUAUAUGGUGCUGAAAAGACUGUUUUGUCUCUCUACAACAGGACGCAAGCUGUAGAUACGACUGCUAGUGAAUGAUGUGAUUGGUGGCAGACGGCGUUGCACAGAUGGAUUGAUGUUGUUCAGCAAUCACCUAUCCAGAGGGCAAAAAACGACUUUUAGCAAAAGUAGAUGCUGUAUAUGAUGAAGUGCUUGAAUACAUUGUAGCUUGUUAGAUGAUGAUAGACAGAAC